AUGUCCCCAUCGAUCAGCGCUCCAGAAACUGUAUUGUUGAAUCCUCCCAAGGGUUAUGAAGGUGGCGGUUGCAAGGGAGAGUCAGUUAGCAGCGUGUGUAGCAGUGGGGUUGCUGUCCGGGGUGGUGGCAGCAAGCUGGAGGGGGUAGGGAAGGCUGGAAGCUGCAGAAAUAUAGUAGAUCCUUGCUCUUCUAUGCUGUGGAAGCAAGGGUGGAGGCAGAAAACUGUUGGAAUACAGCAAUUGCUUUCUGUUCUGGAUGACGACAACAAGGUUAUUGGUGACGUCCUAAGGAUUCGCCAGAUCCUAACCAAUUUAAUUAGCAACGCAGUGAAGUUCACACAUAAAGGAAAAGUGGGAGUAAACCUUCAGUUGCUAUCAGAACAAUAUCCAGGUCGUUCAAUAGCUCAAAUUCCUCCUGCUGAGAGUUCUCGUUCUGGCUUUAUAAAAGGGAACUUUCUGAAAUCCCAAAAAUGCAGUAAUAAAGGAAUAAUACAUAGUAGUGACGACAAAGAAGAUUGUGGUAAUGGCAAUAAUGCUUCGGAAUCAGCAUCUUUGGCAUUUGUGGAGAAACAUCAGCCAUGCGAAAAGAUCGUGUUUCUUCACUGUGAUGUGUAUGACACUGGGAUAGGAAUACCAGAAAAGGCAUUGCCUUCACUGUUCAAGAGAUAUAUGCAAGUAAGCGCAGAUCAUGCACGAAAAUAUGGUGGAACAGGACUUGGACUUGCGAUUUGCAAACAACUGGUAGAGCUGAUGGGUGGACGUCUUACAGUAACCAGCCAAGUAAAUUGUGGUUCAACAUUCACAUUUAUAUUGCCAUGUAAGCUUCUUCAAAAGCAAGAUGGCUCAGACGAUUCGGAUGGCGAAUCUACCAUGUCUCGUUGUGAAGCUAAACGGGCUACCGAUUUUGAUGAACUCGAUGGAUCAUUUCUAUUCAAAACAUGCUCUCUGAGUAAUGCUUUCUCUUUCUGUGCUUCCCCUGCUGGCAAAUCUAAUCUGCGGCACACUGCUACAGUGAGCGCUUCAAUUGCAGACAAUGGUUUUUUUGAAGAGUCAGGUUCAGAUUCUAAUUUCUGUAGCAAACCAAAUGAGGAAGAUCUGCCUGAAUUUUCUCAGGGAACUACACCAGAUAAUAAAAAUGAAGUAGAAAUAUUUAACAUAAAAGAGAAUUUGGAUUCAGACAUUGCACAUAAGGUUUUAUAUGCAACAUGUUCACUAUCAGGAUCUGUAUUGGAGGACAAAUCAGAUCAAAUCUGUGAAGCAGAGAAAUCAUGUCAACAGUGUAAGCUAGAAAAAGAAGAGAAUGAUAAGAUUACAUCAAAUGGGAGUUCGAAAUUUCCUAGUACUUGCUCACAACCUAUGAUUCUUCUUGUCGAAGAUAACAGAAUCAAUAUAAUGGUUGCAAAGUCUAUGUUAAAGCAGCUGGGUCACAAGAUAGAUGUCGUGCAUAAUGGAUUGGAGGCAAUUUAUGCUGUUCAACGGACUCACUAUGACCUUAUUCUAAUGGAUGUUUGCAUGCCAGUGAUGGAUGGCCUGCAAGCUACUAAACAUAUACGGUUUUUCGAAAAACAUGGCUACUGGGAUGCUGCUGUAACAUGUCCGGAAUCUCCAACAAUAUCUAUAGGUCCGAAGAAGUGUGAGAAGAGGACAACGAUCAUCGCUAUGACGGCAAAUGCAAUGGCAGAGAGUGCAGCAGACUGCCUUGACAAUGGCAUGGACUCAUUUAUAUCUAAGCCAGUGACUUUUGAAAAAUUGAGAGGGUGCCUCCAGCAAUUUUUUUCUUGUUAAAUAUUGUAUAUUUUAGAGCUAUCUAAAGGAAAUGAACGCAGUAAAUGAAAAUUUUGUAAUUAAUGUUCUUUUUUUCCCCCCAAAUUUCUUAUAUUAGUGUGUUGGUUAGUUGCAUGGCAUGGAUCACUCUUCAUCAAAUUAU